AUGCAGUUCACUACUGGUGUGAUUGUUAGAGGGAUUUACCUGGUAGCCCUGAAAGGGAAUCUCCUUGUUAUCAUCCUUGCACUGCUUGACCAUCACCUUCACACCCCCAUAUACUUCUUCCUGAUGAAUCUGUCCGUCUUAGACCUCGGAUUCAUCUCCUUCACUGUUCCCAAGUCCGUGGCCAACUCCCGGUUAAACACCUGGUCAAUUUCUUAUGCUGGAUGUGUUACCCAAGUCUUUCUCUGCAUCUCCUUCACUGCGGUUGACUUUGCUUUUGUUACCAUCAUGGCGUACGACCGAUAUGUCGCCAUCUGCCAAUCACUGCACUAUGAGAUGAUAAUGAACAGGAGAGCUUGUGUCCAAAUGGCAGCCAGUGCCUGGAUCACUGGAAUUCUCCUUUUUAUACUGUACACUGGGAACACGUUUGCAAUAACCUUCUGUGGAGGCAACAUGGUGGGUCAGUUGUACUGUGAAAUCCCCCAAAUACUCAAGCUGGCCUGCUCUGACCUUUACCUUGGUGAAACUGUGGUUAUUUCCUUUAACAUAUUCUUAGGCUUAAGCUGCUUUGGUUUUAUAAUUGUGUCGUAUAUUCAGAUCUUCAAAACAGUGCUGAGAAUUCCCUCUGAGCAGGGUCGGCAUAAAGCCUUCUCCACCUGA